AUGCCGUCUUCAUUACCUACAAAAUUUACCGAUCUCUAUAACACCUCGUGCGUUUCGGUCGGCAACUAUGUCGAUAUCAUGGGAGUUGUCACGGACUAUCAGCAACCUAUCGCAACCAGAGGAACAGAUUGGACGUGUACUUUCUGUUUGGCGGACCGGAACUAUGGGCGCUUGGGUGAGCGGGGUGACGAAGGCCUGACUGUUCGAUGUUUCAACGCGCCGAACGACCUGCCACCCAUCCAAGGCACAGGGGACGUUGUCAUUUUUCGAAGGGUCAAAGUCGCGAGUCACAAUGGCAUGAAGCUUGUUAUGACGAACAAGACUAGUAAUUGGACCAUUUUCCCUUGUGCAUCUAUUCCCACCAAAGCACCUGCGUCAGGGGCAGUUCAGAUACCUUCCAAGAAAAUGAUCAAGGCUCCACCCCCAACCGAAAGCGAGAUGCUUUACGCAAUCGAAGUCUGCAAUCUCAAUGAAAGAACUCUGUAUACCAGUACUAGUAGUAUAGCAAGCGAACAACCGAGCAGCACCCCUUCGACAGACACGAAUGGCCACCAGACUCAGCGCAGAGGGGAUAGGUUCUCUCUCAUCAAAGAUCUUGAUAUCGAUCAACGUUUUCCUGACAAAUAUGUCGACCUCGUUGGUGAAGUUGUCAAAGUCUAUUCUCAAAAUGAUCGCGUAGAACUCUACGUGACAGACUACACUAGCAACAAGGGUCUCUGGCGAUCCAAUGAGCAAGACGGAACCGGUGGAGCACGAGAGGGUGAUGAGUUUGGAUAUCUGCCCAGACGCUCUGAGAAGGCCAAAUGGCCAGGUCCCGUAGGCCAAUUGACAUUGACUGUCUCGCUUUUCCCCCCGCACUCAUACACAGCUCAAAAUAGUAUCACAGCAGGCGAUUUCGUUUUUCUGCGAAAUGUCCAUAUCAAGUGGAGCAAAGCCGCUCAGAUCGAAGGUGUCAUGCACACCGACCAAAGAUUUCGUGACAAACUGGCCAUCUUCCGCAUUGGUGAAGACGAGUACGAAAGUGACAAACGCGUUAGAGAUAUCUUUCAUCGAAAGCAUGAGUACAAAAAAAAGCGUAAAGAGGCUGGACAUACUUCUGAUAGCGAACAGAAUGGUCUAAAACGCAAGCACGUCGAGGACGAAAAGCCACUUACCAAAGCCCAGCAAAAGAGGAAGAAAAAGCAACAGACAGAAGCAGCCCGAGCAGCAUUAGCCGCAAAACAAACCAAUCCAAACGAACACCAGACGAACUCCACCGAAGAAUCAAAACCAACAAAAACCAAUGGUCACCCCACCAUCUCACCCUCCAAAGACCUCAACCCCAACAUCCGCUGCUCCCACCCCCAAUACUCCACCCGCCCUCUCUCCGCCAUCAAGUCCCCCGAUAGCUCCACCCACAAAAACACCACACCGGCCGGCACCAUUUACACCCUCCCCUUCGCCAACAUCAAAUCCCGCGCCACCGUCCGCGUCAUCGAUUUCUUCCCCCAAACCCUCGAAGACUUCGCCGUCUCCAUCCCCAAAAAGCCCUCCGAAUACACCGUUCUCUCGGACAUAUCAUCAUCAUCAUCCUCCUCAUCCUCAGACUCCGACAGCGACAGCAACGUCUCCAUGCGCGACGCAGACACCCCUAACACCGACAAGGGCAAGAAGUACGAAUGGCGCUUCUCUCUCACGCUCGAAGACGCGUCCUCCCCGACGACGAAGAAAGGUGAGGUGAGGGAGAAAAUGGAGGUUUUUGUCGUAGGCGCUGACGCUGAGUAUCUCCUGAAAAUCGACGCGUGUGAUUUGAGGAGGGAUAAGGAGCGCUUGGGGGAGUUGAGGGAGAAGUUGUUCUUGCUUUGGGGUGACUUGGAGGAGGGGAAGAGGAGGAGGGAGGAGGAGGAGGAUAAGUGGGAAGGGGAGGGGGAUGGGCAGGUCACGCCUGGAAGGAAGGUGGGGGAUGGGAAGGGAAAGGAAGGGAAAGGGGGUGGGAUAAAAGGCGUUGAUAAUAGGCCGUUUCAGUGCUGUUUGAAGGAGUAUGGUGUCAAGGUGAGGAAAGCGAAGAAAAAUGUGGACGAAAAGGAGGUGGGGGUGGAUGAAGUUAAGAUGGAUGUUGAUGCAGAAGAGGACUGGAAUUGGGAGAGAAGAUGGAGGCUUUGGGGUUGUACGAUUGUGUGA